AUGAAAUUCUACUGUGACAAAUUUCACAUCCGACGAAUGUUCAGGUUCCACGAUUCGAAUCUGAUGAGUCCGUCGAAUUUGUCGACAGUGGUGGCGCCGUCUCUCGUCUGGCAACCACCGAACUCCCUCGAUCACACGACGGCUAUCAUAAACGCCCAACACGCAAAUCGAACUGUUCAGUACUUUAUUGCUCAUGCUUUUACCACACAGACAUGCGGACAAUCGGAAAGGCCAAGUGAUAGACGUAUGAGCAUCUUUGGUGUUUCGUUACAAGGUCAUCUUGAACAACAAGAGAGGCGCAUACCGCUAAUCAUCGAGUCGUCGAUUGAUGAACUACAGAAACGAGGAAUGAGAGUGAAGGGUAUCUAUCGAACAUGUGGGGUGAAAUCGAAGAUUGAGGAGAUCUGUGAGGCAUUUGAGCGAUGUUCACGAAGUUCAACAGUUGACAUCAGUCACGUUCAUCCGAUGAAUUUAGCGUGUGUGGUGAAACUCUAUCUCAGGAAAUUACCGGAGCCGCUGAUGACACACGAACUCUAUAACGAAUGGAUCCACUUCGGAAUGGCAUGUUUUUUUUUAAGUUCUUCAUAUUGGUUUAAUGGGUUAACGAAAUUUUUCCAACUUCAUGCUUGCUUUUGUUUUUUUUGUUUUUUUUUUCUCAUUCUCAAGCGAAUUUCGGUCCAAUCACUUCAGAGUGAGCAACAAGCGAGUUUGCUAUAUGGUGUUGUUUUGUCGGAGCAAUUUUCUACGGAAAUUCUGGUGAAGUACAUUGAUCUGUGUUGA